GUCUGCCGUUCAGUAGAAGAGGUGAUGAUAGUCUGUUCAGCAUCACUUGGAAGGGGCAGGUCAUUGCAGCCCACAUUCCCUGAGCUGUGGCAGGAUGUGUGGCUGUCUGUGACAGAAGAGGAUAUCUGAAACCAGGAAGGAGAAACUCACAGAUCUUGCUGUCUCUAGAGUUGAUCCGGGUAUGAUCUUUGGAAAAGGGAGGAGACCUUGUGCAAAAAAGGACAGGAGAGAGUAACCACACGCCCAAGUACCCCAAGUAGGUUACCUCGGAUCUACAAAUUUGGGCUUUCUUUGCCAAAGCCCGGUACCCUAGGGCACCAAGUGUCCGGAGAAGGUUCCUGGUGCCUUGCAAGCAGGCUUCGGCGGUCUCAGUGGCUAUUAAAAGAUCGUCGACGUACUGCAAGAGAGUCACUUCGGGGUUUCGACUCCGAUACUCACCCAGAUCUUCGUGAAGUGCCUCAUCGAACAAGAGUGUAUACUGGAGAAAAACUUUACAAAAGUAAAGAAUGUGGCAAAGUCUAUACCUGGAGUUGAAGUCUUCCUGGGCAUCAGACAUUUCGUACUGGGAAGAAACCUUACAGAUCUCAUCUUUAGGUCAGGCAGAAGCCCCAGCAGGCAAAGCAUCCCAUGAUGGAAAAGGAAACUAUCCCCUCCAGCAAGAAGGCCUGCCCUGGACCAGCAGGACCCCACAUGUCUGACAGCAAUAGAGUGAUUGGCUUGAUCUUCACCACCACCUCCCUGCCUGCAGGUGACCAGGCUACUGGUGAAGAGGUUGCAGUGGUGGCUUUAAAGGCAUUUGCUCCCACUUCAGCUGGGAUUUCUCCACAAAAAUCUUCUGAGAAAAAUCUUGAGGAGAGGAAAGGAGAAAUGGCCAAUAUUCAGGGAUUGCUGACAUUCAGGGAUGUGGCCAUAGAAUUUUCUCAGAAAGAGUUGCGGUGCCUGAACCACAGUCAGUGGGAACUGUACAGGGAUGUGAUGUUAGAGAACUACGGACACCUCCUUUUCUUGGGUCUUGUUGUGUCAAAGCCAGACCUGGUCAUCUUUUUGGAACACGAGAAGGAUGUCUGGACCGUGAAGAGAAAGGAGACAGUAGCUACACACCCAGGAUAUCAAAUAAUUCAUACUGGAGAGAAAACAUACCAAGAUAAAGAAGAUGGCAGGUCCUUUACCCGGCCCUCAUCCCUUACAAGACAUCAAAGAAUUCAUACUGCAGAGACACCUUCCAAAGCCCUGCCUGCAGGUGACCAGGCUACUGGUGAAGAGGUUGCAGUGGUGGCUUUAAAGGCAUUUGCUCCCACUUCAGCUGGGAUUUCUCCACAAAAAUCUUCUGAGAAAAAUCUUGAAGAGGAGAGGAAAGGAGAAAUGGCCAAUUCUCAGGGAUUGCUGACAUUCAGGGAUGUGGCCAUAGAAUUUUCUCAGAAAGAGUUGCGGUGCCUGAACCACAGUCAGUGGGAACUGUACAGGGAUGUGAUGUUAGAGAACUACGGACACCUCCUUUUCUUGGGUCUUGUUGUGUCAAAGCCAGACCUGGUCAUCUUUUUGGAACACAAGAAGGGUGUCUGGGCCGUGAAGAGAAAGGAGACAGUAGCUACACACCCAGGAUAUCAAAUAAUUCAUACUGGAGAGAAAACAUACCAAGAUAAAGAAGAUGGCAGUUCCUUUACCCGGCCCUCAUCCCUUACAAGACAUCAAAGAAUUCAUACUGCAGAGACACCUUCCAAAGCCCUGCCUGCAGGUGACCAGGCUACUGGUGAAGAGGUUGCAGUGGUGGCUUUAAAGGCAUUUGCUCCCACUUCAGCUGGGAUUUCUCCACAAAAAUCUUCUGAGAAAAAUCUUGAAGAGGCGAGGAAAGGAGAAAUGGCCAAUUCUCAGGGAUUGCUGACAUUCAGGGAUGUGGCCAUAGAAUUUUCUCAGAAAGAGUUGCGGUGCCUGAACCACAGUCAGUGGGAACUGUACAGGGAUGUGAUGUUAGAGAACUACGGACACCUCCUUUUCUUGGGUCUUGUUGUGUCAAAGCCAGACCUGGUCAUCUUUUUGGAACAAAAGAAGGAUGUCUGGGCCGUGAAGAGAAAGGAGACAGUAGCUACACACCCAGCCCUGCCUGCAGGUGACCAGGCUACUGGUGAAGAGGUUGCAGUGGUGGCUUUAAAGGCAUUUGCUCCCACUUCAGCUGGGAUUUCUCCACAAAAAUCUUCUGAGAAAAAUCUUGAAGAGGAGAGGAAAGGAGAAAUGGCCAAUUCUCAGGGAUUGCUGACAUUCAGGGAUGUGGCCAUAGAAUUUUCUCAGAAAGAGUUGCGGUGCCUGAACCACAGUCAGUGGGAACUGUACAGGGAUGUGAUGUUAGAGAACUAUGGACACCUCCUUUUCUUGGGUCUUGUUGUGUCAAAGCCAGACCUGGUCAUCUUUUUGGAACACAAGAAGGAUGUCUGGGCCGUGAAGAGAAAGGAGACAGUAGCUACACACCCAGGAUAUCAAAGAAUUCAUACUGGAGAGAAAACGUACGAAGAUAAAGAAGAUGGCAAGUCCUUUACCCGGCCCUCAUCCCUUACAAGACAUCAAAGAAUUCAUACUGCAGAGACACCUUCCAAAGGUAAACGAUGUCGUAAGACCUUUAGGCAUCAUUCACAACUUUCUGAACAUCACAGGAUUCAUACUGAGGAGAAACCUUAUCAAUGCAAAGAGUGUGGCAAGGCCUUUAACUGGCGCACAGCCCUUAGGAGACAUCACAGAAUCCAUACUGGAGAGAAAUCUUACCAAUGUAACGAAUGUGGCAAGGUCUUUGGGCACCUCUCAACCUUUACACAACAUCGCAAAAUUCAUACUGGAGUGAACCCUUACAAAUGUAACAAAUGUGGCAAGUCCUUUUCCCGCCAGGCACAUCUUAAUGUACAUCACAGAAUCCAUAUUGGAGAGAAAUCUUACCAAUGUAAACAAUGUGGCAAGGCCUUUGGGUACUUGUCAAACUGUAUAAAACAUCGCAGAAUUCAUACCGGAGUGAAACCUUAUAAAUGUAAAGAAUGUGGUAAAGCUUUUAACUGGCACUCAGCCCUCAAGACACAUCACAGAAUUCAUAGUGGAGGGAAACCUUACCAAUGUAAACAAUGUGGCAAGGCCUUUACCCGGCCCUCAGCCCUUACAAAGCAUUACAGAAUUCAUACUGGAGAGAAACCUUAUCAAUGUAAAGAAUGUGAUGAAGGCUUUUACUGGUGCUCAGCCCUUAAGUUACAUCAGAGAAUCCAUAGUAGAGAGAAACCUUACCAAUGCAAAGAAUGCGGCAAGGCCUUUUCCCGGGCCUCAGUCCUUACAGAACAUCACAGAAUUCAUACUGGAGAGAAACCUUACCAAUGUAAAGAAUGUGGUAAAGCCUUUAACUGGCUCUCAGCCCUUAAGACGCAUCGCAGAAUUCAUACUGGAGAGAAACCUUACCAGUGUAAAGAAUGUGGCAAGGCCUUUUUCCGCCAGGAACAUCUUGAUGUACAUCACAGAGUCCAUACUGGACAGAAACCUUACCAAUGUAAAGAAUGUGGCAAGGCUUUUGGGUUCGUCUCAAACUUUAUACAACAUCGCAGAAUUCAUACUGGAGUGAAACCUUACAAAUGUAAAGAAUGUGGCAAGGCCUUUUCCCGCCAGGCAUAUCUUAAUGUACAUCACAGCAUCCAUGUUGGAGAGAAACCUUACCAAUGUAAAGAGUGUGGCAAGGCCUUUAAAUUGCACUCAGAACAUACUCGACAUCACAAAAUUCACAGUGGAGAGAAACCUUACCAAUGUAAAGAAUGUGGCAAGGCCUUUAACAAGCAAUCAUCCCUUAGACAACAUGAAGGAAUUCAUACUGGACAGAAACCUUACCAAUGUAAAGAAUGUGGCAAAGCUUUUAACUGGCAAUCGGCCCUUAAGAGACAUCACAGAAUUCAUAGUGGAGAGAAACCUUACCAGUGUAAAGAAUGUGACAAGGCCUUUUCCCGCCAGGAACAUCUUGAUAUGCAUCACAGAGUCCAUACCGGACAGAAACCUUACCAAUGUAAAGAAUGUGGCAAGGCCUUUUCCCGCCAGGCACAUCUUAGUGUACAUCACAGAAUUCAUACUGGAGAGAAACAUUACCAAUGUAAAGAGUGUGGCAAGGCCUUUAAAGGGCACUCAGAACUUACUCGACAUCACAAAAUUCACAGUGGAGAGAAACCUUACCAAUGUAAAGAAUGUGGCAAAGCCUUUAACUGUCAAUCGGCCCUUAAGAGACAUCACAGAAUUCACAGUGGAGAGAAACCUUACCAAUGCAAAGAAUGUGGCAAGGCCUUUACGCAUCACUCAAGCCUUACCAACCAUCACAAAAUUCAUACUGGAGAUUGACCUUACCAAUGUAAUGAAUGUGGCAAGGCCUUUUCCCCCCAGGCACAUCUUAAUGUACAUCACAGAAUUCAUCUUGGAGAGAAACUUUACCAACGUAAAGAGCGUGGGAAAACUUUUGAUUACUGUUCAACUUUGACUUAUUAACACAGAAAUCAUACUAGAGCAAAUCUUCUAAAUGUUCAGACUAUGACAGAAUUUCUAAGGACUGCUCCACUGUUAUUCCACAUCAGAUAAUUCAUAGUGAGAGUAAUGAUACCCAUUGGGAAUGUGGCAAGAUACCAAAGCAAAGCUUAAACCCUGAGUCUUCAUCAGAGAAUAUAUACUGGAGAUGAUCUUACCAAAGAAAGAAUUUGGCAAGCUUUUUAAUCAGUACUCAAGCCUCACCCAACAUCAGAGAACUCAUACUGCAGAGAAAACUUACAAAGAAUGUGGUAAAAAACGUUUCAGACUGCUCAAGCCUUACUCAUUACCAUACUUCCUGUUGCACAGAGACGUUACCAAUGUAAUGAAUGUGGCAAACCUCUAGCUGGACCUCACAACUGCCUCAGUAUCAUAGUUAUGAUACAAAAACAAAAGUAUAACAUGUAAAGGGAGUGGCCAUGCCUUUAACUGGAAUUCAGUCAUGAUUCAGUAUCUCCAAAUGCCUACUUGGGGAUAAUGUAUGAAUAAGGAAAGACCUUUUUAAGUAUACACUUUGGAAAACAAAACCAUACAGAGAGGAAAGUAACCUGAAAGGUAUAGUUAGUCAUCCAGUUAUCUGAACAUCAACUGUCAAUAAACAUCACAAUUCACAGUAGAAAGGAGUACAUCGGUCACUCUAUUCAGACAUUAUUCUCCAUAAAAAUACUUAACCAUAUGGGAUAAAACAAAGCUGAACACUUAGAUAUCGAAUAUGCAGGUAUGCCUGAAAAUAGACACGGGGCUGGUUUUUGCAUAGGAAUAAGUAAUUUCAACGUGUUUUUGUUUUACCUUGGCCCUCUUUAAGAUGUUGACUACAAGUAUUAAUGUAUUUGUGCUCCCAAAUCACUUCAGAAAAUUCACGGAUUCCCAGUGGGUGUUGAAAGUAUGUGGCUGAUUCUUCCUGCAUCAAAGAUAUCAGAUGCCCUUCCCUCUUAGGUGGGACUCCUGCAUACCUGAUUUUCCAUGGAAGAUGGAGGACAGUAUCAUGUACAAUCUAUGAACAAACCUAACUGGAGAUGUCACUUAUGUUUCUAACACUGAUGUAAGUUAUUAUGAAAUGGGUGUUCUGAACGUCAUUCUUGAACAUUUAUUAAAACUGAAAACGUUUCUGAAUGUUACAGAUAAAAUGUUUUGUUUAUUGGUUUUGUGCAGUCCAGGCGCAUACUGAGACAAGUUCUUAACAGAUGUAGUUAGAAGUAGAGAAUACCAGGGCGCCUGGGUGGCUCAGUCGGUUAAGCGUCCGACUUCGGCUCAGGUCAUGAUCUCAUGGUCUGUGAGUUCGAGCCCCGCGCCGGACUCUCUGCUGUCAGCUCAGAGCCUGG